GUCAAAUCAACAGCCCCAGUGGUGGAUUAGUCUAUACACUACGUUGGUACAUGAGUCACCAAAAUCUGACUCCGGCUGGGUGUCACAUUUAAAGACAUUCACCAAAAAAUCAGGAGAAAAUCCUGCACAAUCCUCCAAGUUGUAAAGGUGUCAUUAAAAACCAUGCGGCUAAACUGUCUUGCGAACCCACCCAGUGCGGUGCUGGUUGGAUUCGCCUGGCUUUACCCUUCCCAUUCUCCUUGGAUAGAUGGAGCAGUUGUGGCAGAGACCGUGGCGCACAGCAGUGAGCAGCAGCUGAGCGGAGAGAGAGGAGCGCGCACGGAAGCGCUCUUGGAGAGACCAGUCAUUCCGAUCACUCUCCGGCGGCCGGUCACACCGCGGAGACCUCGCAGUGCGGCUGAACGUCGCACAACGGAGGAUGAGCCCAAAAAGAAGGACAGGAGGACUGAGACAUACACCUGAGGACCGUAGCAACGGGGAAAGGCGAGACUGUCUUCCCGUGGAGCAGUGCGCAGAGAGGCUUCAGAUUAAUCGUUGCAAGCAAAAGCUGGAAUAUUCCUCUUGUCCCGCCAACUAGAAUGUCUGCUGCUCGUACGCUGCUGCUACUGCCGCUGCCGCUGCAGGAAUUUAUCAGUCUGUUGUUUCCCACGGGCAAAUUUCUGAAGAGAUAUUUUUGAAAUCUUCUUGACGAGAAUGGUGGCUGUGACCAGGAGCCUGUGGAUGACCCGGUCCGUGGGAGAGCUGGUGCCGAGACAGUUUACCUCUCCACCAGCUACGCCGCCCAUCUAAAAGUCUCCCCCGUAGAGGCACAGCUGCUGCAGGCUGGGGAUGUGAUGGGGUGAGUGCUGACGUCCCCCUCACCCACCCCCUCUCUCACUCGAUUAGCGCUCUAACAGAAACAAUGGAUCAGAAUUUCUCGACGGUUCGAGAUGGGAGGCUUGCGCCGGAGAGAGACUCGUCGAAGCGCGUCCUGACGGGAUGCUUCCUCUCGCUGCUCAUCUUCACCACGCUGCUCGGCAACACCCUCGUCUGCGCCGCCGUCACCAAGUUCCGACACCUGAGGUCGAAGGUCACCAACUUCUUCGUCAUCUCGCUGGCCAUCUCCGACCUCCUGGUCGCCAUCUUGGUGAUGCCGUGGAAGGCGGCCACGGAGAUCGUGGGGUUUUGGCCGUUUGGGGAGUUCUGCAACGUGUGGGUGGCGUUCGACAUAAUGUGCUCCACCGCCUCCAUCUUGAACCUGUGUGUGAUCAGCGUGGACCGCUACUGGGCCAUCUCCAGCCCGUUCCGCUACGAACGCAAGAUGACCCCGAAGGUGGCGUGUCUGAUGAUCAGCGUGGCGUGGACUCUGUCUGUGCUCAUCUCCUUCAUCCCGGUUCAGCUUAACUGGCACAAAGCUCAGACGACGAGCUACGCGGAGCUAAACGGAACGUUCCCCGGCGACCUGCCCCCUGACAACUGUGACUCCAGCCUUAACAGGACCUACGCUAUCUCCUCCUCCCUCAUCAGCUUCUACAUCCCCGUUGCGAUUAUGAUCGUCACCUACACCCGGAUCUACCGCAUCGCCCAGAAACAGAUACGGAGGAUAUCUGCCCUGGAGCGGGCGGCGGAGAGUGCCAAACACCGCCACAGCAGCAUGGGCAACAGUUCGAACAUAGAGAGCGAGAGCUCAUUUAAAAUGUCGUUCAAACGAGAAACCAAAGUCUUAAAGACACUCUCAGUCAUCAUGGGUGUGUUUGUGUGCUGCUGGUUGCCCUUCUUCAUCCUUAACUGCAUGGUUCCGUUCUGUGAACCAAGCGUGCCGGACGGGUCGACGGACUUCCCCUGUAUCAGCUCCACCACUUUCGAUGUGUUUGUGUGGUUUGGCUGGGCCAACUCGUCGCUCAACCCCAUCAUCUAUGCCUUCAACGCAGACUUCCGCAAGGCCUUCUCCAUCCUCCUGGGUUGCCACCGGCUCUGCCCGGGCAGCAACGCCAUCGAGAUCGUCAGCAUUAACAACAACAUGGGCGCCCCUACCUCGAACCCCAACUGCCAGUAUCAGCCCAAGAGCCACAUCCCGAAGGAGGGCAACAACACGGCCGGCUACGUGAUCCCCCACAGCAUCCUGUGUCAGGAGGAGGAGUUACAGAAGAAGGACGGAUGCGAAGGGGAGAUCGAGGUGGGGAUGGUAAACAAUGCCCUGGAGAAACACUCCCCGGCCAUCUCUGGGAAUUUAGACAGCGACACAGAGGUCACGCUGGAAAAGAUCAAUCCCAUAACGCAGAAUGGACAGCAUAAAGCUGUGUCGUGCUGAGAAAGAGGCAAAGAGGGAUUGAAAUACGGUCAGAGUACGCGCAAAGGGAAGAACAGCGAAGGAAAGAUUACAGACAGAUGCUUCUAAGAAAAUGCCUCGUGGGAUUUACAGGAACCUUAAGACUGUCGACACAAAUCUACAUGGAAAAAAACCUGCAGAAUGUUUUUAAGUAAAGGCACUUUAUACUGGAUAUAACUAUCUGCAAAAUACCUUCAGCAUUUAUUGAUGAAAUUGACCCAUUUGAUGAUAAAUGUUGAUAACAUGUGUGAAUACUAACGCAGAACACUAGAGUCACGUGCACGUGUGCACGUCUUCAAACAUUUGCAAAGACGUGCACACGUGCACGUGCAUGCUGUACAGUACUGACACGACUCUGGAAGGACUCCAACGUGGUAGAUACGCUGGUGGGAAAUGAAUUAUUAGCGAGAUAACUUGUAGGUAGGUGCUUUGUACGUGUUUCAUGGAAGAGAGAACAACGUGCUAAAUUGGUUUUGGUACCGUUUAAUUAGUUGUUCGUCGCAGUCAUUUCUCUUCGGUUCAUUCCUAACGACAGUUUAAGUGCAAAAUCCAAACACCUGUACUGCAGUGGGAUAUUAUUUUAUAGCUAAAUUAACUCCAGACACCAAAGUAAUGUUUUCAAACUGAAACAAACACAGUGAGGAUAAUGGGGUUCGAGACUGUAGGCUAAGUUCUCGUAAAUGUGUUAAAUUUGUUUUUUUAAAUUUUUACUCCCCUUCUUUACUGUGUUUUUGGUUUUCUGGUGCGUUCAGGGGACGAGUUGCAUGUGUGGAAGAGAAAGACAGGGAGGAGGAGAAGUCACUGCUCAGGUUUUACCUUCACAGUUCUUGUCCAUCCUUAAUCGACUGGGACUAAAACAGACCGGCUCAUCUGAAGUUUCCUCCAUCCUCACUCGUCUCCCCUCUGUCACUAAGCCCUCCGGUCUUUUCUCUUAAUUUCCUCGCUCUCAGUCAGCAAAUUCCCUUCCUCCUUCAUUCUGCCCUUAUUUCUUGUGCCAGAAAGAAUUUCCCCCUUCCCCUCUCCUCCCCUCUCGUCUGUCCUGUUCUGUCUGUCAGCGCAGCCCUUUACACCUGCACCACAGAUUCCUUUUAUGGUCUUUUUGCCGCCUGCAUCCUCCUCACCAUCUUCCCUGGCAGCCCUCCAUUUUAACUCGCCCCUCCGUCCACUUAAAGUGGUGCUAAUGAUUCUAUUUUUAGCGGAUGCCGCCAGUCCAUAAUUAAAAACAGAAUGUAAAUGUGUACACUAACAUUCCCACACUUGGGCAGAGGAGGCAGAGCAGCAGCAGCAGCAGGAGCAGCAGCAGGAGGAGGAGGAGGAGGAGAAGAGUGCACUCAGCCGGAAGGCAAGUGACACUUUGUGACCUUUCGCAAACUUGUAGAUAUCUGAUUUUGUAAAUUGCUCAUGCUGGGAGCCAUACUGUGCAGUAGUGGUGAUGUGGAGCAUGCAGUGUGACAGUUCAGCUCUGUUUGCCGAGGUGGAGUCAAAGACAAAACACCCUCAAGAUGUCGCACAUCUUUUCCGUCGUUAGAGCUGCAGAACACGUACUAGUGUAGAGUUAGACAAAAUAAAAUGAGCAGUUUUAAUGGAAUUCUAAUUAUAUUCUUUAACAUUAGCAGUUAAUGUCAAAUAUGCAUUUCGCUUACACUGAUUAAAGUCACUCUAUAAAGUAGAUUAUAUGAAUACUUUAAUCUAACCUUAAGCUAGCAUUAGCUAGGCUGUUACGCUGUAGCAGCAAAACUCCUGAGUGUGUUUACGUGAGCAACUGCAUAUCUUAUAAUAAUAGAUCCAUAGUAGCGCUACUUAAUAAUAAUAAGGAGGCGUAUUUCUGCCGAUUUUAGACAACAUAUUUGCUAAGGUACAGCUGUGUGACAUACGUCCACUAGACUCACAUCUAAAAUAUGCAUUUUCUAGCUAGCAUGUUGAUGAAGUCCAUUUUAUGACCAGGGCUCUCAAGUCUGUCACGAGAAGAGAUAAAACUUGCUGCACGUUAGCAACACAGACUGUAUAGAGAAGAGAUAUUAUGAAUGGAUGAGGCAAAGGCUGGAAUCAGAGACCUAUCAGCCAAUCAGAAGAUAGUAUUCCUUGUUGCCGGGUGAAAUAGCAGCAUUGUAAUCGUCCACAAAUGUGUAAAUUUAUUUGGGUUAAAGGUCCUUUAUUAGAUUGAUACACUAAUACAUUUAUUAAAACAAGCUUCGCCUGUUCACUCCAGGCUAAGUUCAAAGCUUGAGAGCUCUGGUGUAACUGACAGUGUCAGGUUAUAAUAUACAGUAUUAGCUUCUAGUUGUAUUGAUUUCAUUAAGAAUACACCUAAAUUUACAGCAUCUCUGUCACAGUAUGUGUUGAGCCAUGAGCCAUAACUACUUUAUUAUAUUGUACUGUUGUUAGUGUUAGCCUAGCUUAGUCAUUAUGCCGGUCCACAUCACUUUCUACUGCAUAGCUCUUCAACGAACGGGCCCACAAAAAAAGAUAGAAAGACAUUUUUUGUAUAUAUUUUUUUAAUUUUCCCCCACAACGUAUUUUAGUAAAGGGAUAAUUGGAGGCAGAAGACGUAAUCUUUCAGUCACCACUGUCUUAACUGCCUCUGUUUCACACCGGACCUGUCAAUACACAGGAGGCUCCGCCCCUAUCGCUGCUGAGCCCAUCAGAAGGCAUUCGCAAGAUAUUAGCAGAAGAGAAGCUAUGUUUUAGAAUAUUUGAACCUGUGUAUUAUCUAAAUAGCUUAAUAUUUAAUGUAAAAUGAUAAUUAUAAUGUAUAUCUAUAAAUAGCACUAGUUUAAUACAGCACACGUAAAACUUAAUCUCUCAUCAGUUUGGGUCCUUGACCUGAAAAUUGUUGAAGACCCCUGAUCUACUGGAAAUGAGCUACACUUAAGGCAAUAAAAUCCAUAUUUCCAGUUAUUUUGAUGAAAGUCACUUAAAAGUAAUGCAAAAGUAAAGUAAUGCCUUACAACUAAAAGACAGUAAUAUUAUAAUGUAACUAAUUAUGACUAAAUCCAUGUAAACGUGUCCAGCUUUUAAAUAUUAGCUAGCAUUAGCCUCCAGAAGUGAAAUAAGGCCAUCGUUAUCUGAGUCUUUUUUAUCUACGGUUUUUCAUUUGAAAAAGGAAAAACGUGUUAUUUCUUAAUUUUAAAGUUCCGCAGUUUGAGUCAUUUAAAACCGAGGAUGACUGAUGACGUGGUGACGUGAGAAAAGUCCCUACACGAAGCAGACUUCUUCAUUCAUAUCUGUCCGAGCUGUAUUUAAUUAAACCGAGCAACCUGCAGUGUUCACGUAUCAGCUCCGGAGCGUAAUUAGCUCCACACAUAGAACCUCCUUUGUGUUCUGCUCAGUUUAGUUUCUCCGUGAACGCCGAGCGACCGAGCGACCGCUGCACUGCUGUGUGUGUCCAGGAAGGCGUGAACUGACUGUUGCACACAUCAGAGAAAGGAAGAGUUGAUCCAAUAUAGAAAGCAAUUGGUCUUGAACGAGGCAUUUGAUUUUCCUGCUCUGGAAAAUCCAAUGCUAUCUAGAUGGGAACAAAGCAGGGGGAAAGCUUUUAGCUCGAUACGUGACUCGGCCCGUCACACACACAGAGCCACAAAGCUUUGUCCUCUCCGGCUUCCUGUCCUCGGCUGCUGCCCCGUCGCUCCUGCGACGGUUUGGAAAUGAAGUGGCGUCUCUUUAACGUGUCCCACGGCGCGCUGUGACCCCGCCCCCACGCUUUCCUUAUAGACGUUAUCACGGCUCAUAUCAGCUCAGCGUCCCUCCUCACUCUUCACCAGUCCUUCUAAACUUACUCCAUGAUCACUUCCCAAACACACACACACACACACAAAAAAAAAAAAACCUCUGCUCAGUCUGUCAGGACUGGACAUGGAAGGAAACUGCCUUGGGGAACAUUGCAGCUCCCAUCACCUCAUAUACCCACAUAUACACACCUCCCUUUCCUCUCUUUCUCUUCUCUCCUGGCUGCCCCUGUCGUCCAGACGUUAACACAGAUUGAAUUUAUUAUUAAACACACAGACAGAGCCCACUGUCCUUUAAAUUAGUGUCUGUUUUCAUUUUUUUCCCCCCUCUUUCUGGCUGAAUGUGGCUGUUCUGUAGCUUUAUGCUGUGAUUUAACCAGUGUUUUAUAAGCUGAGGUGUGGGUACAUUAAUCACAGGUGUUUACCGGGCGUUUUCUCGUAUAUAUAUAUAUAUAUGCCGUAUGUAUACGUACAUUUUAUAGAGACUUACCUCCAGCUGGGAGCUCUCUGCUGCUGUGUUCUGGCUCAGUGUAAAACCCCCCCUCUCCCUCUCUGAGCCUUCACCUUGUCGACUCGUCGGAGUCAUCUUUCCAGCUGCCAUUGCUUUGAUUUUGGAUGUCAGGAAAUAGUCCCACAGGCAAAGUGUUCUGUUUGAUCCAGGCAAUUUCCCCCAGGGUGCAUAUACAAGUUUUUUUUUCAGUGCAGUUGCAACUUAAGAAAAUCCUCCGUCCUCCACCGGAAGGAUGGUCUAGCUGAACCCCACCCCCGGCCUUUGGGAAUGCGUAGACCGUUUUCAGUGGUGACGUUUUUCAGCUUCAUUUAACUGUCUGGAAUGAGCCCCUACCUCAACCUCAAUUCAGUGACAGAGCUUCAUGUAAAACAAAAAUAAUACAAGAAAAAUAAAAAAAAAAUACUAAAAAUCAGUGGCAGUAUUCCGGGUUGGGCCUUGCAGGGAUAGAGUAUUGUACAAUGAUGUUCAAAAUGUAGUCGUGAUGAACACAAGUGCUUUUUAUCUUCAAAAAAAAAAAAUUAUUAAAAAAAAAUCCUUAAUGUGUGUAGCAAACUUUCAUGCUGUCUGUUUGUCUCCAGUGAAGACGCGAAGGUUGAUUUGUAUUUAUAUAUGUAUUUAUUUAUUUAUUUAUUUAUGGUGUCCAUUUAUGGAAGUGAUGUCGAACAAUUAUAACCCUCAGAAAAAUUACGGUAUUUAGUUUACAGUUUGUAUAAAAACAAUAAUGAUGAUGAUAAUAAUACUAUGUGCCCUUCUUGUAAAAUAAACAUGUAUGUCUUGUUUUUUUUUCA